AUGGGCAAGAUUGUUUUUUACGAGGACAAGAAUUUUCAAGGUCGUAGUUAUGAGUGCAGUAACGACUGCACAGACCUGCACACUUACUUUAGUCGCUGCAACUCCAUCAGAGUAGAGAGUGGCUGUUUCAUGAUAUACGAACGUCCAAAUUAUAUGGGCCAUCAGUAUUUUAUGAAGCGAGGAGAGUAUUCUGACUACCAGAGAUGGAUGGGCUUCAGUAGCUGUAUUCGAUCCUGUCGCCUGAUUCCAAUGGUGAGCUACAGGGGACCCUACAGACUGAGGAUCUAUGAGAAGGCUGACUACGGAGGGCACAUGAUGGAAUUCGCAGACGACUGCCCCUGUGUGUCUGAUCGUUUCCACCAUCGACAUGUGUACUCCUGUAACGUGAUGAAUGGCUACUGGAUCUUCUAUGAAUAUCCCAACUACAGAGGGAGGCAGUACUUCCUGAAAUCUGGGGAAUACAGGAGAUACCGAGACUGGUGUGCUACCUGUGCCAUUGUGGGCUCCUUCAGACGAGUCACUGAUUAUUAG